AUGUCAUUUUCGCCUAAUAACUGCUGCAUCCUUCGAAGUAACUGUGAAGGUUUGGCAUCUUCGGUUGUUGCAUUGGACAGGAGUUCACGUAUUCUUUUCUCCUCCGAAAAACCUGAUCUAUGCAAUAUCGCUUCUUUUAGGAUUUCGUAUGUUGAGACGUCAGUCAGCACUUAUUUUCCAGCUACCUCAUCCAUCCGCCAUUUUCUGUACUUUCUCUCACGCGUCUUUCGUUGCCAUUAUUAUUUUCUUUUUAGCUUUUACGCCAAAUUAUUGAUAACAGUUUUCCUCUACCUUUUCUUGUUUUUUCACUCCCAUCUUUUUCUUUCUUCUCUUCUUCGCCAUCUUUCAUCAAUAGUUAUACUCCUCACCGCGUCUCUCUUUCCAUUUCCCCCUUCCCCUCUAUCCCGUCCCUGUAUCUCUUUCUCGUUUACAUUUUCUUUAUUUGUGCUUUUCUUUUAUCUCCACCUUUCUUCUUCUUCUUCUUCUUCUUCUUCUUCUUCUUCUUCUUCUUCUUCUUUGUCCACACUCAUAUAG